GCGGUUUGUUUACAUGCGCGGGGCGGCUGUCACGGUCCUUCCCUUCCUCCCUUUCUUACAUAAUUAUUUUUUUUCCUGUGGUCUGUUAGGAAAAGAAUAGUUACCUUUUCUUUGUUCUUUAUCCAUCCUUUCUCCGUGGCCCCAUUGCCUAACUAGCCUCCUUAGACACUCCAGAAGAAGUUUUCACACCUUGGUGAAGCAGCCAGCAAAAAUUUAAAUGAAGCGCUUUGUGCUUCUCAAAUUUUCUUGCAACCAGAGGAAUAUUUUGCAAGAUGACUGACGCAGAGGUUGUGGAGAACUUCUUUGGAGUGUAUCUACUGUUUUGCACCAACCCUCGCUACAAAGGACGCACCUACAUUGGCUACACAGUGAACCCCAACAGGCGGCUGAGUCAGCACAACAGGGGCACCAAAGCCGGGGGUGCCUGGAAGACCAGCAACAGAGGACCGUGGGAAAUGGCAAUGCUAGUUCAUGGAUUUCCCAAUGACAUAUCAGCUCUUGGUUUUGAAUGGGCGUGGCAGCAUCCCCACAAGAGCCGGCGACUCCGCAGGGUUACCCACAAGAAGCCCAGAGAACCCAAAUAUAACUUCUGUCUGCGAGUCUUGGCCACCAUGUUGAGGACCCGCCCUUGGUGCCGUCUGCCUCUCACUGUGCGGUGGAUAAAAUCUGAAUACAUUAGAGAUUUCCCACCAGGGUUGGAACCUCCCAUCCAUAUCCCAAUAGCACAUGGACCUGUCAAGCCUGUCAAGGUCAAGGAGCUAACAGACCAACAAAGUGAAGAAACUGAAGAAGAGGAAGCUGAGAAAACAUGCACGCUGUGUCUCGCAGCCGUGGAAAAGACUGAUAUGAUGAGAUGCCUGUCAUCAGCUUGCCCACUAGCUGCCCACAUCAUAUGUCUGGCCCGGGAAAUGUUAAAAAAAGACAGUCCUGGAACACUACUGCCAUUAGAGGGUUACUGCCCCAGCUGCCGCAUCCCUCUGUUGUGGGGGGACCUGGUCAGGCUGAAGCAAGGCUGCUACCAACAGAAGGAACCGGAGGGCAAGGAUGAGGACUGGCUUGAUUUUCUCUCACAAGAUGUUUGAUCAGCAAGAGGCACGGAAGGCGGGGAGCUUGUUCCAUCGCAGCACAAGG